AGGGCCAAGGGAGAAAUAGAUGACUUCCUCGUUCAAAUUGGUGCAUACACGAGGCGCCAAGUUGACGCAACGUGGCGAUUGAUCGAAGCAUCUCGCUUUUCCCGUUCUCGUUGUAUUUUCCCCAAUUCAAGCAAAAGAUAUCUCUCUCCCUUUCUUUCUCGCUAUGUGUUUCUCACUUCAUUAGUCUUGAGCCUGUUCCGUCAUUUCUUUUAAGCAUUUCGUCGAGCACUUCCUGGAAAUGACAUUGGCUCGUCAUCAAGAUCGAAAUGUAAAGCGUUAAGUCCACUUCUGAGACGUUUUUGAUGAAGCCAAGAUUUUUUUGAAGAGGUUUUAGCCCAUGAGGAAUGCAGUUGCAGCUCUCAACCGGCAGCGUCUCAUCGCACUUUCUCGCUUGAAUCAUCCUACUCUGCAAAAUGGCACUACCUUUGGAAUCACAAUUCGCCACUAUCUUUCCAUGGGAGAUGAAGAAUAUAUCAGAUUUAAAUAUAGAAGAGGUUUUGAUUGGCUUCCAUCUCACUUGGCUCAAAGAAAACAUUUUUCAACUGGUUUCACCAGCAUCCAUGGUGAAAGGCCAUCAGCUGAGUAUGCAAAAUUGAGGAAAGAAUCACUAGAGAAUGAAUUUGGACAUGCAGUUGGAGCUUACAGCUCUGGUCUUUCAGCUUACCUUCGUUUUGGUCCAUUCUUGGCCUUGUACCGAGCAGCGUAUAUUUCAUUCCAUGUGGUGAAGUUAAGCAUGUGGCAUUUUUUCCUUAAAGACAUACGCAAGCGUGCCGUUAAGUUUCGAGAGACUCUAAUUCGCUUGGGACCAUUCUAUAUCAAGCUUGGUCAGGCUCUGAGCACCAGGCCAGAUAUAAUGCCAACUGCAUACUGCCAAGAGCUUGCAAAGUUACAGGAUCAAAUACCCCCAUUUUCAACUCGUGUUGCUAUGAAAUCGGUUGAAUCUCAGUUGGGUGUUCCUGUUUCACAAGUAUUUGCUGAUAUCACCCCGGAGCCUGUUGCAGCAGCAUCCUUAGGGCAGGUGUAUAAAGCUCAUUUGCAUUCUGGGGAGCUUGUAGCUGUUAAAGUACAGAGACCUGGUAUGUCACUCAGGUUGACACUUGAUGCCUUGUUAUUUCGUAUGAUUGGAGGCCAGAUGAAACGAUUUGCUAUGGCUCGAAAGGACCUGUUGGUUGCAGUGAAUGAGAUGGUCAGGCACAUGUUUGAAGAAAUUGAUUACAUCCGAGAAGCCCACAAUGCAGAGCGCUUUGCUUCUCUUUAUGGUUCCUAUCGAGACAAUGUUCAGAAUGUUCCAAAACAAACACUGGCUGUUGAUGAUAUUGUAAACAAGAAAAUAAGCUGUAUUAAGGUGCCCAAAAUACACUGGAACUUCACUCGUAAGGCUGUUCUUACUAUGGAAUGGAUUGAAGGGAUCAAGCUAACAGAUGCAGAUCGUAUGGAGAGAGCCUGUUUAAACCGGAAGGGACUUAUUGAUAUGGGGCUUUAUUGCUCAUUGAGGCAGCUGCUUGAAGUAGGUUUCUUCCAUGCAGAUCCCCAUCCGGGAAACCUAGUUGCAACUGUGGAUGGAUCUCUUGCAUACUUUGACUUCGGAAUGAUGGGAGAUAUUCCUCGUCAUUUCCGUGUAGGACUCAUCCAAGUGCUCGUGCAUUUUGUUAACCAUGACUCUCUGGGCUUGGCAAGGGACUUUCUUUCUUUGGGAUUUAUUCCAGAAGGGGCUGAUAUUCUGUUAGUUUCAGAUGCGUUACGGACAUCCUUUGGUGAUGGAACUAGACAAUCCCAGGAUUUCCAGGGCAUAAUGAACCAAUUGUACAAUGUCAUGUACGAGUUUAACUUCUCUCUCCCCCCUGACUAUGCUCUGGUUAUACGGGCAUUAGGAUCACUUGAAGGGACAGCAAAGGCUUUGGAUCCUGAUUUCAAAGUUGUUGAGAGUGCAUACCCUUAUGUUAUUGGGAGGCUUCUGGCAGACCCGGGUCCUGAUAUGAGGAAAAUAUUAAGAGAGCUUCUUAUCUGUAAUGAUGGCUCCAUACGGUGGAGACGGCUUGAACGCCUGAUUGCAGCAAUAUCUGAGCAGGCCUCGGAAUCUGAAGGGCCUUCUAGUAGCAGCACAAAAAAUAAUUCAGAUGUUUUUGGAUGGAAAUCCUUUGGCAUGCGUGCUGUUGUUGCUUCAACUGAAGAUCUAUUUAAUUUCAUUCUAUCUGAGAAGGGUCAGAGGGUCCGAAUUUUCCUUGUUCAAGACAUAAUUAGAGCAGCUGAUAUUUUUCUGAAAGAGGCUUCACCAUGCAUUUUUUAUGAGUUUGAAACCAGGGAAACAUCACAUGCCGAGAAGCAUGAAAUAAUGAGAAGGUUGAUGAAUGGGUUUCAGUCACUCCGCCAAGCAAUAAAGUUGGCACCAGAGGUGUGGACGGCUAUGCUGAUUCGCAUGGCUGUGAAGUCUGAUGUCCAUAAAUUUACUUUAGAUGUCAUUUCUGCAUUAGCCAUACAAUUAGGUCGUAGGAUACCAGAAGAAUCUUGGCUUUGUUUGUCUAGGUUUCUUCACAAGUUGCAAACAGGCUACAGACAAGACGAUUUAUGAAAUGGAUUUCCUUCCUCAGUUA